AUGAGUCUCGAUCGGCCUGUAGGAGACAUCAUCGUCAUCGGACCAUCAGCUACUGCAACGUUCAGACACUGGCCCGACAUGAUGCGCGAGCUCGAGGCAGACCAACACGACAGCACCAUGUCAUACUACACGCACGACGGCGAGCUCAUCCUCGGGCCCACGCAGCUCGGAUUCAACGAUCCAAAGUACAUGCUAGAGCGAGAGGGUCACCCUGUCACAGCGCCGCAUCAAGUGCGGAGGAAGUUUUUCCAAAUGCUGCUGCGCCAGGUCGCCCGAGUGGAACUGAGAGUCGAGUACGGCCAACAAGUCGAAAGCUAUUUCGAGGACGAGACGGCCAGAGUGGGCGGCGUGAUUACCAAGAGCGGCACCAUCCGAGUCGCCGACGUGGUGGUCGCAGCCGAUGCGAAUAAGACAAAGUCGGCCCUUCUGAUCGCGGGCUGCCACGCACCGACCCAGUCCGCCGGCAUGUCCGUGUACCGAACGUCCAUGCCCACCGAACUCGCCCUGCAGAACGACGCGUUCAGAAACAGGUGGGGCGCUGCAAUUGCUCGGAACGAGAUUUCGCACGAGUUCUGGACCGGCCCGGGUAUUCACAUGGGUCUGGUCGUGUCUCCCGAGUUCACGGCCUACGGGAUCACGCCGCGCGACAGCACCGUGCACACGGGCGGCAUCAAACCGAUCGAGUCGUGGAAGCCCGACGUCGACGCCGGCGAAGUCAUCAAGGUGCUUCAACGGCUGCCGGAUUGGGAUCCCGCCAUCGUAGGUCUCGUCUCCGCGACCCCUAAGGGCCGGAUCAUCCAUUGGCCGCUUCUCUGGCGCAAUUUGCGACGCGAGUGGACUUCAAAAGGCGGCCAUGUGGUCCAAGUAGGCGAGGCGGCGCACAGCAGCUUACCCGCUUCGGCCAGUGGAGGUACGCUAGCUAUCGAAGACGCCGUGACGCUCGCGGCGUGCUUGCAGCUCUCCUGCGCGGCUGGUGGUAGUGGCGGCGGCGGCGGCGGGGUGACAGGCGUACCGACGGGCACUCGUAUCUACAACCUCCUCCGGUACGAGCGCGUCAGCUGUGCGCAGAAGAUGGCCUUUGUCAACGCCGAAGCGCUGGGUGAUGCGGACAUGGACGAUAUCAAGCGCCAUCCCGACAAGAUCCGUGUGCGGUUCCCGAAAUGGCUGUUUCAUCAUGACCCGGAGGAAUACGUGUAUGAGAAGUAUGGACAGGCUUUUGCACACGUCGUGCUUGGGCGGGAGAAGAACAGGUUCCAGAAUACGAAUCUACCGCCGGGGCAUCUGUUCAAGCCGUGGACCAUUGAGGAGGUUCGCGAAGAUGCUCGGAAAGGGAAGCGCAUCGAGGAUUUUUUGGAUGGAGAUUGGUCUUAA